AUGAACUUCGAGAAAUGUAAAGGGGUAGAAAAGGAAAUUGGCUACAUGCUAGCAACUGGUAUAAUUAGGCAAUCUACUUCAGACUGGGCAUCGCCCUGCGUUCUCGUGCCCAAACCGAACGGUAGCAUGAGAUUCUGUACUGACUACAGGAAAAUCAAUGCAAUAACCAAGACAGAUGUUUAUCCUAUUCCGAGAGUGGAUGACUGUAUUGAUAAGAGACCACUUGUGAUUUAUAUGGAUCAGAAUCCAUUGAUAUUUCUAACUAAAAUGAAGGAUAAGAAUGGAAGGUUAUUAAACUGGAGUCUGAUAUUGCAAGAAAAUGACUUAAAAAUCAAACAUGUGAAAGGUACUGACAACGUUAUAGCUGAUAGUUUAUCUGGAUGGUUAACUGAAGAUGAUUUUAUCAAACUGUUCAAGAAAGUUCAGAAUUGCGGAUGGAUGAAAAAUUCUAUGGAGCACAGAAAGAUCCGAUCACGACUACAGAAAUGCUGCAAUGCAUCAAAAAAUUUCAUUAUUACACAACUCAACACUCCCAUGGGUACAAACAUCAGUUAUGCUGGAAGAUCCAAAAAGAAAUUUACAAUUACCAAAAACAUCUUUGACCUGAUUCCGAAGACAGAUCCAUUUAAAGAUCACAAACUUAAACAUUGCUCAGUUGUUGGAAAUUCUGGAAUUCUAAUUAACAGCAGCUGUGGAGCUGAAAUCAAUGAGGCCGACUUUGUAUUCAGAUGCUACCUUCCCAUUCUGAUGGAUUUCAAAUCAUUGUUGAGAACUUCAACAAAGCUCUAUUCCUAUAAACAAUACUGUUUAUCUUACAGAUUUCAACAUCUGGAUUCAAGGCGAAAGCCACUUAUGGACCACGUAUCCAUCUAUGAAAACGCAUUGAUUCUGCUGCCUGCAUUUUCUUAUUCACUUGAUACUUCAAUCUCAUUUAAAGUGUCCUUCACACUGCAAGACUUUGGAGCAAAACAACAGGCAAUAUUUUUAAGUCCAUCAUACCAGAAAUUGCUUACUCAGUUCUGGAAAGUUCAAGGAAUAAGUGAAAUGUCUCUUUCUUCUGGUCUCAUAAUAUUAAGUGCAGCACUGGAAAUGUGUGAAGAAGUCUGUGUGUAUGGGUUUUGGCCCUUCUCCAAAGAUGUAGCUGGAAACCAGUUGUUCCAUCAUUACUAUGAUAAUAUGAUGCCAAAGAAAGUUCACUCAUUUUCUAAUGAAUUUUACAAACUACUACUGCUUCACAUGAAAGGGGUUGUGAAAGUGCAAGCUGGUCAAUGUGGGAAAUCCUCUGUGUAAGUCACUUUUUGGGAUUUAAUUUUUGAAAGGGGUUAUAACUGACAUGUAUAUUGGUAAAUCUUCCCUAAAGGUGAGUGAUGUAGACAGAAAAAAUAAACACAACUCAGUUAUUCAAUGCUUGGUAAUCAAUCACCAUUUCUCUGCAGUAAUCCAAAAUGUUAUGAUACCCUUAAAAUCCAAAAAUCUUUGAUCUCUUGUUUGAUGACACCUAGUGACCAAACCUGAGUAGUGGCCACAAUGAGCACACUAUGCUUCCUUGGAUGACCGACUUCCUGUCCACUCGAAUGUUGGUGCUGGUUCUUACCCACCCAUUCCUGGCAUCAAAACCAAUCACCGGAGCGUUCUCUCCAAUAUCAGGCUCAGUCCAGCCCCACUUUAGUCUCCUGAAUUGACCCAUUCUCCAUCCUCCAA